GGAUCUUGCUUUGGCAUGACGUCGUCGAUCGAGGACCUCCGCUUGCUGCAGCGGGCUGCGCGGAAGGGCCGCCACGACCUCGUCGCGAGCUUGAUCAUGAACGGCGCCGCCAUCAACGCCGCCGACGACGCCGGCCGGACUGCUGCCCACGAAGCCGCGCGCAACGGCCACGUCCAAGUGCUCAAUGUGCUCCAUAUGCUCGGCGCCGACUUGAGCGCGCGCAGCGACCGCGGUGUGAGCGUCGCGCACCAAGCCGCGUACGGCGGGCACGUGGCCUUCCUCCAGCGGCUCGUCGCGAUUGGUGCCCGCGUCGACUGGACCGACCACAACGACUGCACGCCGCUCGAAGUGGCGAUUGAGGCGCACCAGUACGCCGCCGCCGAGUACCUCGAGACUAUCUAUAGUGAGCACGUCGUCGAGGAAGAAGCCUACGACGCCGACGAUGGCGCGAUCGACACGGAGCUCCAGGCGCCAAGCGUAUUUCCACUGCCGCCGGACCUCUUUAGCCUUCUCAACGCCGCCCCGGUAGACGCCACCGACCACACCGACGGCGACGACGAUGCAACGCUGUCGUCGGAAGAGCUCGACUUGCCGGGCGAUGGGCUCCAGUCACUCCUUCCGUCCGACUACUUUGCCUCGACCAAGAAGCGGCCGCGCGAGACGACGUCGCUCUUGCCGCCCAAGCGACUUCGCGAGGACCGAUUCCUCUCGCCGUCGACACCGGUCGACCAGGCCGUGUCGACGUUUCUGCGUCCGCCAGUCUCGUCGCCGCCGUCGCUCCUGCACAAGCAGUUGGCGGGCGUUCCGUGGCGCCGAAAACCAGAGGUGUGGCGACAGCCCGACGACGACAGCGACGACAGCAUUCCGUCGCGCACCACGGCAGCGUCGGUCGCGGAGCUCAUGCCCGAGACGGACCACUCGAUCCACUCGCUCCUCGCGACGUUCGAAGCGGAUGCCCACUGAUUGCGUCGGCAGCCAACUAAUUUAACAAAUCAAUCAACGUGUGGCGUCCUACAAGCGACA